AUGAGUCUUCCAAAUGUGCAAAAUCCCCUGUCCAGCAAAUAUCUUAUUACCAACUACAAAUUCCAUUCCUCCCCUCGCCUGAAACACCACAACACCCACAAAGCUUUAUCAAUGGCGGAUGUUUCCUACUUCCACGACGACGACGACAAUGACGAGAGGCAGGACGUUCUAGUAUCAUUUUCUCAAUGGCCCGAUGAUCUUGACGGAUUCGACGUUUACACUCCAGAUCUCGACAUCCCUUCCUCCGAAGAUCUCUUUUGCGCCCGAAGAUGCGGUCUUGAUCGUAAUUCAUCUCUCGAUCGAGAGACCCAGGCAAAUUUCGUAAUCGACAUGUUCCAUCAACGCGUUGAGCAAUCGCAAUCGCAAUCGCAACAGCAACUGCAACUGCAUUCUGUGUCGCGUUUAAGUGAAGAGAACCACCGAUUGGUUCGGUCUGAUCGGAGUUCGGGGGUUGUUGAAGGAAAUGAAGAUGGGAAUUCGAAUGAAUUUGAGGAGGAUUUUGGGUCAGAAUUAGGGUUUCAUGUAGAAAAUCAUGAUGAUAACCAUAACCCUAGUGGUAGAGGCGUCGAUGAUGAUUACUCUGGGUUUACGGUUGCUGAUAUCGGGGACGAAAUGUUUGUAUCCAGACGGAGAAUCGGUCGAUCGGAAUCCAGCCGUUCAUCUAUCGAUUCAGGUGCUCCUGAAUUUUUCAUGGGUGGGUUGACGGUGACUGAUAUAGUGUCCGAUUCCUUCGAAUCCGGCGGCGGCGAGGUGGAGGGUGGUCCCGACAUGGAUAGAGUUAGAGACUAUGAUGACGAUACCAGUCUUCACCUUUGCUGGGAUUCUUUCCAUCUAGACGAUGAUAACACAACACCGAAUCCAAACAGCAACAUCAAUGGAGAUUUCGAUUGGGAGGAAGUGGAUGAACAUGAACGAAUCGACGGAAGAGAAUUAAACAUGUUUUUCGGUGCAGAAGCUGACGACGAUGCAUCUGUUCUACCAGGAAUCCCUCCUAGAAAUCACGAAUCACACGAAGAAGAAGAAGAAGAAGAUCGAGAUGGAUCGGAUUGGGAAGUUCUAUUGAAUGCUCAAAACUUCGAACAAAAUCCAGAUGUUUCAGUGGAGAAUCUUUCAACUGUUGUUAUAAGUGAAGAAGAUGUUGAAAAGAACACCACCACCCUUUGUGCUGUUUGUAAAGAUGAAAUUAGUGUUGGAGAAAUAGCGAAAUUGCUUCCUUGUAAUCAUCGUUACCAUGGUGAUUGCAUAGUGCCAUGGCUGGAGAUUAGGAACACCUGCCCUGUUUGCCGAUAUGAACUGCCAACAGAUGAUGCUGAUUAUGAACGCCGGAAGCUCGAAAGGGGUGUUGGUGUACACUGA